AAGCAUGCUUUUCACAAGCACUAAUACAAAAAUCUGUAGUCUCCCCCACUCCACCCCAACACACGCACACACAUGGUAUCUCUCUCUCUCUCUCGCCCCCUCCCCCUUCCACAAAAUAAAAAAGCUAUACAACCGAAAUCCCAACUUACUCUACAGCAUACCUCUCUCUCUCUCUCUCUCUCUCUCUCUCUCUCUCUCUCUCUCUCUCUUCAUAGCAUAAACAACAUAUUCUGCGAAUCUUCUCUCGCCCAAUCCAAUCCAGUGCCUCAUCACUACUGGUAGCCAUAGUUUCCCCUCAAAUAUUCUCAACCUCCCAGGAAAGUGCAGAGAAAAAAGAAAGACGCAGAGACCCUUGUAGUUGACCAUAAAAAUAUCAUACAAAAUGUGUGUUCAAGAUGCAGAGCAAGUUAGUGAGGGAAUGGAAGAUAUGGGUCUUCCAAAUGAUGAUGAUGUGAGCGAGGGAAGCGUGAAGUCUAUGCAGCCAUCGCAUUCUGAAGCUGACGCCAAGGAAAAUCGAGAUAACAAGAAUCUAUCCCCUGCAGCUGAUUCUGUUGCAGCUGCCACAAUCUCCUUCCCGCUGGAAAGCAUUUCCGAAGAAUCAGCUAUCUCAGACAAAACACAGAUAGUAUUAAACAAUUUUCUGCCCGCCCUACGGUCUGGGGAGUGGUCCGACAUUGGAGGCAGGCCAGAUAUGGAGGACACUCAUGUUUGUAUUCCCGACUUAGCUAUGAAUUUUGGUUGUGCUGCACGUGGUGACGAAGCCAUGUCCUUCUAUGGUGUGUUUGACGGACAUGGUGGGAAGGGUGCAGCUCAGUUUGCACGGGACCACUUGCCAAGAAUUAUUGUCGAGGAUGCUGAUUUCCCGUUGGAACUCGAGAAAGUGGUUACAAGAUCUUUCAUGGAGGCUGAUGCUGCAUUUGCAAAGUCUUGCUCUGUUGAGUCCACGCUGUCAUCAGGCACAACUGCACUAACUGCAAUGAUCCAUGGCAGGUCAUUGCUAGUAGCAAAUGCUGGAGAUUGUAGAGCUGUUUUAUCUCGAUGUGGAGUUGCUGUCGAGAUGUCAGAAGAUCACAGGCCUUGCUGUGCAAGCGAAAGGAGGAGGAUUGAAUCAGUAGGCGGGUACGUAGAUGAUGGUUAUCUAAACGGUCAGUUGGGAGUGACCCGAGCUUUAGGCAACUGGCACAUCAAAGGACUGAAGGAAGGGGAAAGAGGCGGACCUCUGAGCGCAGAACCGGAACUGAGGUUAACAACACUCACAAAGGAAGACGAAUUCUUGAUAAUUGGAAGCGAUGGAAUAUGGGACGUCUUCAUGAGCCAGAACGCAGUAGACUUCGCCAGGAGGCGGCUCCAAGAGCACAACAAUGUGAAGCUGUGCUGCAAAGACAUAGUAAACGAAGCCAAGAAGCGAGGGGCUACUGAUAAUUUGACAGUAGUGAUGGUUUGUUUUCACUCAGAACCACCGCCUCCGGUUGUCGUUCAAAGGCCUAGAGUUCGAAGGUGCAUCUCUGCGGAAGGGCUUCAAAACCUCAAAUUCCUGCUUCAAGGCUAGAGCAGAGCUGCAAUAAAUUUGCCAACAUUGAUCCAUUUCUUCUUACAGGUAAAACAAGUUAUUAAUUAUUAUAAUAAUUUGAUGUUGUGAGCAACUUGUAUAUAUGCCUAUUGAUACCCCAUUCUUCCUUCGUAAGCUUCCAUUUCGUUGUCGAUUGGUUGCGUAAUCGGGGAAUAAAUCACGAGAUUAUUGUUGUAUGUUGUUGGAAGAAACAGGACCAUAUAUGUGUACAUAAACACAAACAGUGUAUAAACUAUAUGGCCAUUUUUCUGAUUUAUUAAUCAUUUUAAGCACAUCUCAA